CUUGUAAAUAUGGAUAAAUUUCGGAUUAUGGUCCAGUUUUUGCAAGCCAACCAAGAGUCCUUCAUGAAUGGCAUCUGUGGGAUCAUGGCUCUGGCAAGUGCCCAGAUGUAUUCCUCUUUUGAGUUCACCUGUCCUUGUCUUCCAGACUACAAUUACGCGUAUGGGAUCGGCAUUCUAAUCGUUCCGCCAAUAUGGUUCUUUUUACUUGGAUAUGUACUUAACAACAACAUAUCAGUGUUAACUGAAGAAUGGAAGAGACCGGUUGGAAAACGUAGGAAAGAUCCGGCGGUUUUGCGCUAUAUGUUCAGCUCCAUGACGCAGCGCGCUCUCAUCGCCCCGGCUGUAUGGGUAGCCGUGACUUUAAUGGAUGGCAAGAGCUUUUUGUGUGCUUUCAGCGCCACAACGGAUUUAUCCGAGUUCAUCAACGAGACCUAUCAAAGCAUGUCCAAAAAAGAGCUUCGAAAAUUACAAGCAAGGAUUCCAUGCAAGGACGUAUUUGAUGGGAAUGAGAUUAUUUCCAGAGAAGCGGCCACUAGGUAUAUUCGCUGUUUGUCACAGGCCUGUGGAUGGACCUUUUUAAUGGUAAUAACUGUAGCAGCCUUCUUGAUAAGGGCGAUAAGGCCUUGUUUUACCCAAGCUGCUUUUCUUAAAACCAAAUAUUGGUCGCACUACAUCGAUACAGAGCGCAAACUAUUCGACGAAACGUGCAAAGAGCACGCCAAGAGCUUCGCUAAGGUCUGCAUACAGCAAUACUUCGAGAGCAUCAGUGGUGAAAUUGUUCCACAGUUCCAGCUACCCACAAAGAAAGGGAAAGGUAAUAAAGAUGAGGAUGGGGAAAAACAGAAGAGUGACGAGGAGAAGCUUCUUGGGGUCCGUAAAGAAGAGGACAUGAAUAGAGUGCUGUGGAACUGGCAUACAUGUAAACCCGCGCUACUGCUGAACAAACGCGCUGAAGAAAUGAACGGACAUGCGCACUUGGAUACACUCAGCCUCACAGAUGAGCGCCAAAAUCACACACCUAUGAAAACAACAGCUGUAGCAUAUUACUCCAAAGUCUGAUUUUACAUUUUAAAAUUAAUAUGAAGUGGUAUAGCAUUGUCAAGAUCUCAUUUCUAUUUAUUGCUUGCCAUUUCUUAUCCU